AUGCCUUUCCCAAAGCUUGUAGCAUUCGAAACUAGUGACGUCCUUUUCGCCACAUCACCGAGCCUUCGUGACAGCGUUUGGGGGAAAGGCACCGGCGCAUCGAACGUAAUCGCGGACAAUGUCGAACGCAUCGAUUGGAGACUUCUUCGUGAUAAAAGUAACCACCAAAACACCACGGAGCUGUACGAAGACACAUCCAAGAUCAUCAGCGAUGUUCUGAAGAACGGCGCGGAGCUUGCGAUAGUCUCCCGAAACGACAACAAGAAACUUUGUGACCGUAUCUUGUACUAUUAUCACACAACCGAUCCCAAAACGCAACAGGAGAAGCCUAUCAUCUCUCUCGUAAAAUAUGACGAGGUAUCUAACGAAUCUAAAACCAACCAUUUUGAGCGUAUUCAUGGCUGGACUAAGUUCGCCUACAAGGACAUGGUUGGACUUUCGCUCAUUCAGUGA